AUGGCUGAUGUCGAACAAAUCCUAGGAGACCUGAACAAAGACUCCUUUGUUAACCUCUUGACAAACCUCAUCGGAGAGUCCAAAUAUGUCCAAAACAACCCACCAGAGCUGAUCCCUGAAGAAGACAGGAUUGUCAAGCAUGUAUUGAAUUCUCUUCUCCCUUACAGCACCACCAGAGGAGGUCCCUUGAUUGUGAAUCAUGUCUCUUAUUUCCCUCAUAGAGGCAAUCUUAUUGUGGAGUACCCUGGUACUGAACAAGGAAAGAUCUUGUCUUUUGUUGGCAUGCACAUGGAUGUUGUCACUGCCAAUCCCAAUGACUGGGAAUUUGAUCCAUUUUCAUUGAGCAUCGAUGGAGAAAAACUUCGUGGACGUGGAACCACUGAUUGUUUGGGACAUGUUGCCCUUGUGACCGAACUAAUGAAGAAGUUGGGGGAGACAAAGCCUAAAUUGAAGUCAACAGUAGUUGCAGUCUUUAUAGCUAGUGAGGAGAAUUCUUCCAUAACAGGGGUUGGUGUGGAUGCACUGGUGAAAGAUGGUCUGCUCAAUAAGCUGAAGGGAGGCCCUCUUUAUUGGAUUGAUACAGCUGAUAAACAACCUUGCAUUGGUACUGGUGGUAUGAUUCCUUGGAAACUUCACGUUACCGGGAAGCUUUUUCAUAGUGGCUUACCGCAUAAGGCUAUAAAUCCUUUGGAGCUGGGCAUGGAGGCACUUAAAGAGAUGCAGUCACGAUUUUACAGGGACUUUCCACCUCACAAGGAAGAGCAAGUAUAUAGAUUUGCAACACCAUCAACAAUGAAGCCAACUCAAUGGGGUUAUCCUGGAGGUGGGAUCAAUCAAAUUCCUGCUGAGUGUACAAUUGCAGGAGAUAUCAGGCUAACUCCCUUCUAUAAUGUCAAAGAUGUGAUGACCAAACUACAAGGAUAUGUGGAUGACAUAAAUGAGAACAUUGAGAAGCUUGGCACAAGGGGCCCGGUUUCAAAAUAUGUCCUACCAGAAGAAAACCUGAGGGGGAGCCUUGCUGUGAGCUUUGAUGAGGCAUCCUCUGGAGUUGCCUGUAAUCUUAAAUCUCGUGGCUUUGAAGUGUUGUGUAAAGCAACUGAAAAGGUAGUUGGGCAUGUCAAGCCAUACUCAAUCACAGGGACUUUGCCACUAAUUCGAGAUCUGAAAGAUGAAGGUUUUGAUGUUCAAACUGCAGGCUACGGUUUAAUGGCUACAUACCAUGCCAAGAAUGAGUACUGCCUGCUUUCUGAUAUGUGCCAAGGCUACAGGAUUUUUUCCAGCAUCAUCUCUCAAUUAGAGAAUUGA